AUGCAGAUCUGGCCGAUCAAUGCCGAGCAAAUGGGUGGCAGGUUGUUUGUUUUUUGGUUGAGACGUGCAUCAAACUGGACAGUGGACAAGUGCAACACACUAUCGCUAUUGCAACCAAGGACUGUGAUGCAGUGGGCAUCGGCAUCCAGCUGGGGAUCGGACACAGAGCAGAGUUGCGGACAUGCAAGCCCAGUGCACACGUGCUGCGUGGAGGAGACAAACUUCACUUUGGUUGCCCUUCAUGGAGCGUUGGAAGAAGCUGGUAGUCAACACAGCAGCAGGGAUGGUGAUGGUGAUGGGGAUGGUGAUGGUGAUGGGGAUGGGGAUGGGGAUGGGGAUGGGGAUGGGGAUGGGGAUGGGGAUGGUGAUGGGGAUGGUGAUGGUGAUGGUGAUGGUGAUGGUGAUGGUGAUGGUGAUGGGGAUGGUGAUGGGGAUGGGGAUGGUGAUGGGGAUGGUGAUGGUGAUGGUGAUGGGGAUGGGGAUGGGGAUGGGGAUGGUGAUGGUGAUGGGGAUGGUGAUGGGGAUGGUGAUGGUGAUGGUGAUGGGGAUGGGGAUGGGGAUGGUGAUGGUGACCUCAACUUAAUAUAA